AUGUGUUUUAGAAAGAAUUUUGCAUGCAAUGAGGAUGUGGUUUUGGAACGCUGCCUAACUCAGGUGAAAAAUGGUUGGACGAAAUUUGCCCGAUUGACACGAGCUUUGACAAAUAGCCGAAGUGUUUUGCAGCAGCUCACGCCAAUGAAUAAAACAGAGGUGGUCCACAAACAUUCAAGAUUAGCUGAAGUUCUUCAGCUGGGAUCAGAUAUCCUUCCUCAGUAUAAACAAGAAGCGCCGAAGACGCCACCACACAUUAUUUUACAUUAUUGUGCUUUUAAAACUACUUGGGAUUGGGUGAUUUUAAUUCUUACCUUCUACACCGCCAUUAUGGUUCCUUAUAAUGUUUCCUUCAAAACAAAACAGAACAACAUAGCCUGGCUGGUACUGGAUAGUGUGGUGGACGUUAUUUUUCUGGUUGACAUCGUUUUAAAUUUUCACACAACUUUCGUGGGGCCUGGUGGAGAGGUCAUUUCUGACCCUAAACUCAUAAGGAUGAACUAUCUGAAAACUUGGUUUGUGAUCGAUCUGCUGUCUUGUUUACCUUAUGACAUCAUCAAUGCCUUUGAAAAUGUGGAUGAGGGAAUCAGCAGUCUCUUCAGUUCUUUAAAAGUGGUGCGUCUCUUACGACUGGGCCGUGUGGCUAGGAAACUGGACCAUUAUCUAGAAUAUGGAGCAGCAGUCCUCGUGCUUCUGGUGUGUGUGUUUGGACUGGUGGCCCACUGGCUGGCCUGCAUAUGGUAUAGCAUCGGAGACUAUGAGGUCAUUGACGAAGUCACUAACACCAUCCAAAUAGACAGUUGGCUCUACCAGCUGGCCUUGAGCAUUGGGACUCCAUACCGCUACAAUACCAGUGCCGGGAUAUGGGAAGGAGGACCCAGCAAGGAUUCACUGUAUGUGUCCUCUCUCUACUUUACCAUGACAAGCCUUACAACCAUAGGAUUUGGAAACAUAGCUCCUACCACAGAUGUGGAGAAGAUGUUUUCAGUGGCUAUGAUGAUGGUUGGCUCUCUUCUUUAUGCAACUAUUUUUGGAAAUGUUACAACAAUUUUCCAGCAAAUGUAUGCCAACACCAACCGAUACCAUGAGAUGCUGAAUAAUGUACGGGACUUCCUAAAACUCUAUCAGGUCCCAAAAGGCCUUAGUGAGCGAGUCAUGGAUUAUAUUGUCUCAACAUGGUCCAUGUCAAAAGGCAUUGACACAGAAAAGGUCCUCUCCAUCUGUCCCAAGGACAUGAGAGCUGAUAUCUGUGUUCAUCUAAACCGGAAGGUUUUUAAUGAACAUCCUGCUUUUCGAUUGGCCAGCGAUGGGUGUCUGCGCGCCUUGGCAGUAGAGUUCCAAACCAUUCACUGUGCUCCUGGGGACCUCAUUUACCAUGCUGGAGAAAGUGUGGAUGCCCUCUGCUUUGUGGUGUCGGGAUCCUUGGAAGUCAUCCAGGAUGAUGAGGUGGUGGCUAUUUUAGGGAAGGGUGAUGUAUUUGGAGACAUCUUCUGGAAGGAGACCACCCUUGCCCAUGCAUGUGCAAACGUCCGAGCACUGACGUACUGUGACCUACACAUCAUCAAGCGGGAAGCCUUGCUCAAAGUCCUGGACUUUUAUACAGCUUUUGCAAACUCCUUCUCAAGGAAUCUCACUCUUACUUGCAAUCUGAGGAAACGGAUCAUCUUUCGUAAGAUCAGUGAUGUGAAGAAAGAGGAGGAGGAGCGCCUCCGGCAGAAGAAUGAGGUGACCCUCAGCAUCCCUGUGGACCACCCGGUCAGAAAGCUCUUCCAGAAGUUCAAGCAGCAGAAGGAGCUGCGGAAUCAGGGCUCGACACAGGGUGACCCCGAGAGGAACCAACUCCAGGUAGAAAGUCGCUCCUUACAGAAUGGAGCCUCCAUCACUGGCACCAGUGUGGUGACUGUGUCACAAAUUACUCCCAUUCAGACGUCUCUGGCCUAUGUGAAAACCAGUGAAUCCCUUAAGCAGAACAACCGCGAUGCCAUGGAACUCAAGCCCAACGGCGGUGCUGACCAAAAAUGUCUCAAAGUCAACAGCCCAAUAAGAAUGAAGAAUGGAAAUGGAAAAGGGUGGCUGCGACUCAAGAAUAAUAUGGGAGCCCAUGAGGAGAAAAAGGAAGACUGGAAUAAUGUCACUAAAGCUGAGUCAAUGGGGCUGUUGUCUGAGGAUCCCAAGAGCAGUGAUUCAGAGAACAGUGUGACCAAAAACCCACUAAGGAAAACAGAUUCUUGUGACAGUGGAAUUACAAAAAGUGACCUUCGUUUGGAUAAGGCUGGGGAGGCCCGAAGUCCGCUGGAGCACAGUCCCAUCCAGGCUGAUGCCAAGCACCCGUUUUAUCCCAUCCCGGAGCAGGCCUUACAGACCACACUGCAGGAAGUCAAACACGAACUCAAAGAGGACAUCCAGCUGCUCAGCUGCAGAAUGACUGCCCUAGAAAAGCAGGUGGCAGAAAUUUUAAAAAUACUGUCAGAGAAAAGCAUACCCCAGGCCUCAUCUCCCAAAUCCCAAAUGCCACUCCAAGUACCUCCCCAGAUACCAUGUCAGGAUAUUUUUAGUGUUUCAAGGCCUGAAUCACCUGAAUCUGACAAAGAUGAAAUCCACUUUUAA